AUGUACCGCUUGUGUGUGAGUGGUUUGCUUUUCUUCUUGGUGGUCUGCUCUGCUGAGACGAAGCUCGAGGAUAUUUCCGACGAGAACCUGCACAAGAGCUUGGAAACUGAGCCCUUUGUCAUUGUUUUGUUCCUGGACUCGAAGACUUGCGAUGAACAGUGCGAGAUGGCGGAGAAAGUGUUGGUGAAGAUUCGGGAAGACCUCGUGGACGCCCUGUCGGUGUGGGUGACGAAGACCUGGGACUCUCCGCACUUGGCAGAGUUCGGCGUGGAUUCCACACCCGCAGUUGUGUUCUUUCGUAGGAAAAAUCCAAUGGUUUAUGACGGUAAGCUGAGAAUAAAUUCGAAAACCCCGCGGGUAUCGCGAAGUUGUGCUUUCGAUGAGGAUGAAAUGUACGAAUUCUUCACUGCGAACCGGGAGCCGACUUAUCUUCGAUCGUUGAAUGAUGAUACUUUCGAGCACUUGACGCAGGCUUCGAGCGGGGCGACCACUGGAGACUGGCUUGUGAUGUUUCACACGGAGCAAUGUGAGGCAUGUCCUGGAGUCAGAGCCAAACUCGAAACAGUUGGUGCGAGGGUAAAGGACAGAAUGACUGUCGCUCUUGUGAACAGAGACAAGGAUGGAGCUGUUACUGGGCGCCGGUUCAAAGCAUAUGCUGACCCCACUUUGAUAUUGUGA